AUGGCCGGCCCACGCCCCGCAGCCUCCCGCUCCUCGCCGUGCUCCUCGCGGCCGCGCUGCUCCUGCUCCCCGCCGUGCUCGCCCACGGCGACCACAAGGGCGCCCACUACGGCCGCAAGCGCACCCGCAACGGCCGCCCCCGCCCGCCCCUUCGCCAAGGGCCGCCCCACCGCCAACCCCAGCACCACCGCCGCCCCCCCCCGAACACCCCGGCCCCGCCACCGCCCCCCCCGGCCCCGUCCUAGCACCCCGGCCGCAGCCCCGCCUCCGCCGCCUCCGCCUCCGCCACCCCCCGCCACCCCUGGCGCCCACCUCUACAAGCUCCACCCCGCCCCGGCGUCCGCGCCGACCGGGCCCGCUCCCCCGGCGCCAUCAACGCCGGCGCGGCGGCCGUCGCGCCGCUUCGUCUCCGCAGCGGACCAGGCGCUGUACCUCAAGUUCCACAACGACAUCCGCGCCAACCACAAGGGCGACCCCCUCUCGUGGAACGACACGCUCUCCGCCGCGGCCCAGAAGGUCGCGGACACAACCUCGCGGGCGGGCACGGGCAAGUGCGGGAUUGAGAAGGCGAUCGUGUCGUGGACGAACGAAGUCAAGGACUACGACCCGAAGAACCCCGUGCCGUCGCACUUCACCCAGGUCGUGGGCGGGACGACGCAGGUCGGCUGUGCGCUCACCGUGUGCGCGCCCGGCACGAUCUUCGACCCCAAGUUCACGAACACCGCCGAGUACUACGUCUGCGAGUACGCCCCGCCGGGCAACAUCAUCGGCCAGUUCGACCAGAUGGUCUCCGUCUAA